AUGCGGCCGAUGACUACUGUGGAGCUUCAGGAGGCCAUGAAGGCUGACAUCAAGACUGUGCGCCAGAGCCUGCAGGCCAUAAUGGUUUCUGCAAGAGUCAAGGUCAACCAGGAUUCCAAGCCCCCCAGUGUACCUCUCUCCAAGAGGAGGAACAAUCGUUACAUGGACCGCGUAUCCACGCGGGUGCCAGACCGCGACGCCCGCGACAACGUUGCAGUCCCCUCGGCCGUCCCGCAGCCUUCGUCAACCAGCACCUUGGGUCCCACUCUCAGGCGUCACCGCGAACGUCAGCGUCUGACUGUCAAGCGCUCUGGCAGCAUCUCGUCCAGUCGCUCUGCGACAGACGGUUCUGUCUCCCAUUCCGACAAGGCGUCCACUGUGGCACCGUCUCGAGCUCCUCUGUCGACUCCUCAGCUCCCGGAACCGCCUGUUACUCCCACUGUACCCAACCGCGCUGACUCGGGUCCCGACCCAGACUCGGACACCACACCUCGUCCGUGCCAGCUCCAGCGGUCGCUUGCGCAGAUGUCGUCCACUACGCCGAUGGGGUCUCCCCGGCCCCAGGGUUAUAGACUCCAGCCCCACAAGUCCAGCACAGGUAAUCUCGACGAUUUCCUUAACAAUGUCCCCACCAGUGUCGUCACCAAUGUCCCCAACAGUGCCACCACCAAUGAUACCACCAACGUCCCCAACAAUGCUCUCCCCAAGCCCGGCCGUCGUCAGGUUUCACCGAGCCCCCGGAUCCACGGCACGAUGUCAGCAUCCUCAGCCCCAGCGACGGCCGCUGCGGUCCAGUCUCACUCGCAGACGCGAGCCACAAGCCACAUUCCUAACAGCAGUGUGCAGCACGCUGACUCAGCGACCUCCACCCCCACCACUCAGCCCCGUGCACCCGGCAGCAUCGACCUCGCCAUCGUGAUGGACAGGGUCGACGACAUGACGAGCCAGAUCAAUUUUUUGACCAACAAGCUGAAACCCGCCAUGCGCGAGGCCAAGAUCCAGCACGCAAAGUCCCACAAUCGCGCCAUGCACCUGAUGGGCAUGCCGCUCGUCCAUGUGCCGUCGCAUUUUGGCAACGUCCCGGUCAACUUUCCUCACAUUACCAGCCGCGAACAGGUACGCCUUGCGUCUCCUGAGCAUGUUGAUCUGUGGCUGCACUAUUACCUAGGGCCAUGCGAGCUGCAGGGCACACUCCAGGCUCGUAAGGCUGCGCUGGCGGACAUUCUCGGGCUCGACCUGCUGCCUGAACGCUGA